AUGGAUAUGGAGGCCGAAGACGCAGAGGUGAUGGACCGGAUCGAGAACUGGACGGUGGAGUUUAUCGGCUGUCGCUAUCCUGCGGGGGCCUCCGCCUUGGACGUCUUGAGCCACAUCGGAGGCAGCCAGAAAUGGAAGAAGAGUGUUAACAAAGUGCUAUAUGAUCGACUCCAGAAGAAGGGACUGGCGGUGGUUGUCGAUGGCACACCACCUCAGUGGGUGGCAACACCUGCUUGUCUGGACCUCCUGCUUGAAUGCGGUGUGCAAGUUCCAUUCAAAAGAAAUCCCUCUGGCCGUCCGGCCUCUGGUGCCCCCACCAGCCCCAUUAUCUGCUGUACCAGACCUGGUGCCUCCACCAUUGGGCAACAUUAUUUUCAGACUGAGCACACACCCUGCAGCCUGGGAGAGGCUGCUAGCUUCCAGGAGCACAGUGUGGUUACUUGUCAAAAUCAAGGAUAUGAUAAGUACAUAUGCGAGAGCCAGGGGUGUGAGAGCUGCGUUUAUGGAUAUCAGCCAUUUGACAGGAAUGCAUCUGAGUGGGGGAGCUACAGCAAGGAUUUGUAUGAAGAUGGGGGAUACGAUGUGCGCCUUUGUGGGAGCCAGGGGUGCGACAGAGAUGCUUGCGGAGACCAGGCAUGUGACAAGAACACAUCAGAGGACCAGCGACAUGGCAGGGCCAUGUAUGAACACCAAGAACGCAACGGGGACACAGAUGAAGCCAAGGUGCAGAACGAGGUUGCUCAAGAUGUAAGGGCCUUGGAGGAAGUGACUUGCCGCAAGGAUUUCGCAUCACAGGGGGGAAGCUAUGACCAUAUAGGCACUACAUUUGCUGGCCAGCCUGUUGCUGGGUCUUACAUAGGGAAUUGCGCGGUGGAAGCUGCAGCUGGAGAUGCCUUGAUUGAUAGCAGGGAAAACAAAGGAAUCGGGGUCUGUGGCAAGGCGACUUGUGACACAUGGGGAGAAGUGCAGGACCUUCAAUUGAUGCAGAAAGAUGGAGAGGGCUUGGGGGAUGGAAGCUGCCCUGACCUGCCCACGGAAUCAGUGAAGCCAAAGAUUUCGGCUCUGGAGACAGAAGCAGCGCAGUUGGCCACACCAGCUAGUGGAAAUCGCAGUGGCAAUAGCAAUGAUUAUUCAGAGGCUGGCACUUCGACUGUGAUGGCACAUCGCAACAGAUCCCUGAAUGCAGACGACAGCACGGCCUGUUUUCAUGCAUCUGGAUCUGGAGUGGGUGUCCAGGAUGGGAUGACCUGUCCCAGAGUCUCUUUCGACCCACGUGGAGAGCACCGAUUGGGGCUACACCCUUGGGAAGCCCCCAGGAACUCAGAAGGUGAAGGGUUUUCCAAAAUUGCAUUUGAGGAAAAGCCCUUCUUCAGAAUUCAGGUUCCAGCAUCGACUGCAGAUAGGAUGCCAGGCAAUGGGCAUCAGGCCAGGUCUGUCAGGCACUCUACACAUCAGGUUUGUGGCCCUGUGCCAGUCCCCCUGCAAGAGAUAAAAUUGGGUAUUACGGCAGUGCACACUGUGCGUAGGGAUGCUCAAGACAAGCCCCAUGUUGUGCGUUCGACUUAUCAGGCUAAGUUGGGAGCUGAAACUGACCAGGGAACCCUAGAAGACGAGCUUGGUGCAGACGUCACUUACAGUGGACAGGGACAGCCAUUCAGCACAGUGGCUCUGAGCACUACGAACGGCCACCUUGGCAUAAUCUCAGUGGCACAGCAGACCUUGAUAUGCACCAUGCAGUUAGUGAACAUGGCCCUUAAGGAGCUGUCUCAAGAUGACAGGCACAGGGGGCAGCUGCCAACUUGUAGGCUGCCUCACGGCCUGUCGCCUGAUGCACCCCUUGCAUUGGCACAAGCCCAGGACCAGCUGAAUGAGGCGUUUGCAAGGCUAAGUGUCAUGGACAGUGGCACUUCACUGCACCACAUUUCUGCCCCUGGAGAGAUGACACCUUGUGCUCCAGUGGCCAGCGCAUGUGGGCAAGGGAAUGGCACAACAGGAGUGCCAAAUUUUAUUGGGAUACCAGACAUGGACAAGCAGCCAACAGCUGUGCACACUAGCAGUGUAGCGGGUCACUGUGCUUCUGCAAAUGGAAGCAAUUAUGGUGCAUUCACCAGGGAUGCCAAUGGCACAUUCUCGCACACAAUUCCAUGGACCUCCAACACCAAUGGCAGCAUGGUAUCCACGGGGACUCUGAACAACAUGGUUGCUGAGGCACUGACGAUGGAUGCAACGGCCAUUGGCGCGGAGGCAUCUUCAAGGCAAGCUGCAAUGGCGCCAAAGUCAUGUCCUGCACCAGUCUGUGGCUUGAGCCCCCCAUCCACUCACAACAUGCCUCCUGGGCACAUCCCCAACUGGCAGUCAUUGGCCGAAUCCGCGUGGACCGUCCAAGAGUCCUCCUCAACACAUGUCUUUUGCCAAGGCCACCCACAGUCUUCAAACUUGGAGCUGCCCUGCAUAGAGAACUCUUUGGAACCAGGAGUGUCGCCGAUGGGGUCAUUUGCGGCGGCCAUGGAAAGGCAACAUGUUGUGGGAAAUGUGGCUGCAAGCAGCAGUGCUGGAGUGCCAGCAUUGGGGCAGGAUGCGGUGGCGAUGGAGACGAGACAAGUCACAGAAGGCAGACAGCCCACCAGCAGCACUGGGGUGUGGGUAGAAGGGCACGGCGCUUUGGGGAGUGUGCGGAUUGCUGUGGACCCUCAAUUUGCAACUGGCACCCCAGCAGCCCAGCUUCAACCUCCUGUUACACCCACUGGUGUUUCUGGUGAACCUGGUGACCAAGUGGUUUCACAGUCCGUUUUAUGGGUGCUCAGGCAGCUUGCACCAGGGCACGCUUGGACAGCAAAGCAGAUUGCAAAGCAGCUGGGAGUGAAGCCGAAGCAGACAAACCGUGUUCUGUACCAUGACCUUUCCAAGAAUGGCCUUGUUGAAAUCCUGAAGACUGCUGACGCUGCUGCUCCCUUGUGGCGAGUGCCAAUCCAGAGCUAUGCCACUGGCUAG